CCUUUGCCUCCAUUCGCAGCGUCCCCGGUGCCCGAAGAGGCCUCGGGUGGCUCCGCCGACACCCUCCCGGGUCGCCAGCCCGGGCGGCAUGAGGCCAGCGCUGCCCGGCCGCGUGAUGUAGCCCAAAAAAGGCGCUGCCCCGCACGUGGGCGGGCCGCCCCGGGCCGCCCGCGCCGCCGUCCAAUCGCCGCAGCCGCCCGCGCGGGGAGCCGGGCACCCGGAGCCGCGCCGCCGCCGCCAUCGCCAUGCGCUUCCGCUUCGGGGUGGUGGUGCCGCCCGCCGUGGCCGGCGCCCGGCCGGAGCUGCUGGUCGUGGGGUCGCGGCCGGAGCUGGGGCGCUGGGAGCCGCGCGGCGCGGUGCGCCUUAGGCCGGCGGGCGCGGGGACGCCGGCGCCGCCCGAGCCGGGCCUGUGGCUCGCGGAGGUGGAGCUGGCGCCCGAGGCGGCGGCGCGCGACGGGGCGGAGCCGGGCCGCGUGGACACGUUCUGGUACAAGUUCCUGAAGCGCGAGCCGGGGGGCGCGCUCUGCUGGGAAGGCAAUGGGCCUCACCACGACCGUUGCUGUACUUACAAUGAAAACAACCUGGUGGAUGGUGUUUACUGUCUCCCAAUAGGACACUGGAUUGAGGCCACUGGACACACCAACGAGAUGAAGCACACAACAGACUUCUAUUUUAAUAUCGCAGGCCACCAAGCCAUGCAUUAUUCAAGAAUUUUACCAAAUAUCUGGCUGGGUAGUUGCCCUCGCCAAGUGGAACAUGUAACCAUCAAACUGAAGCAUGAAUUGGGCAUCACUGCUGUCAUGAAUUUCCAGACAGAAUGGGAUAUUGUCCAGAAUUCCUCUGGCUGUAACCGCUACCCAGAACCCAUGAGUCCAGACACUAUGAUUAGACUGUACAAGGAAGAAGGCUUGGUCUACAUCUGGAUGCCCACACCAGACAUGAGCACUGAAGGCCGAGUGCAGAUGCUGCCGCAGGCAGUGUGUCUCCUGCACGCGCUUCUUGAGAAUGGACACACCGUGUACGUGCACUGCAACGCGGGCGUGGGCCGCUCCACCGCGGCCGUCUGCGGCUGGCUGCAGUACGUGCUGGGCUGGAGUCUGAGGAAGGUGCAGUACUUCCUCAUGGCCAAGAGGCCCGCUGUGUUCAUUGACGAAGACGCCUUGGCCAGGGCACAGGAGGACUUUUUCCAGAAGUUUGGGAAGAUUCGUUCUACCAUAUGCAGUCUGUAGCUGGCCAACCUGCCUCCCCUUCCUUCCAGUUUUCUUAAGGGUUCUGGGGUGAUGUUUGUAAAAUACCUAGAAACAACAGUCCCUCCUGAACUGGGAGGAUGUGGGUGUGUGCUCCUCCUCCAAGCUGCUCCCGGGCUUCUGGGGAUGGUUUUCCGUGAGGAUGUAUUUGGGCUGUGUCUACAAUAUUUUAUGAAGGAAGCUGUGACUGACGCAUGGGAAAGGCUGAGAGCCAUUGGGUUGUGCAAUAUUGUUCAAGCUUUAGACAAAAAAAGAAUGUAUGCAGUUCCUGCUGGCAGAAGAGUCCUUUGCUUUACAGGCACUGCAUUGGUUGUAGUAUAGAUUCAUGAGUGCAGUUUCUUGUUGCAUUGUAGUUCUUUGGCAUGCAAAAGAAAAGAUCGCAGGUUAUGUGAAUUUUAUCACUAGAGUAUAUGCAUGCGUGUGCGUGUGCACACACACACACACACACACACACACAGCUUUUCUACUGAACUGAACUAACAUUGUGGUCAUUUGCCAAAGGAGGGAAUAAGGGUAGAAACCUGAACUGCGACCAAAGAAGAGCUCACAUAGGCAAAAAGCAGAGGUUUUCUAGGUUGCCAGGUCCUGUUUCAUAGUGUAAAGCACUCUCCUAGGCAUCUCCUUCCUUAUGUACCUGAAGACCCCAAGUGAUAAACCAAAGCAGACUAAGCUCCAUUUGUUUCACUGAGGUUUAAUGAGUUCGCCCAGGGUCUCACAGCUAGUCAGGCAUGAGCUGGAGUUUGUAACUCAUGUUUGUCAGGCAGUGCUCUUUUCAACCCAUUGGUUUUUCCAGCAUAGAAUAGUGACUUCAGUUUUGUCCCUGUCAGGAUAAGGUUGAUUCCCUGCAGAAAUUUCUACAGUAAGAAAUGAAACAGUGUUCUAAUCGAUUACCAAAGAAUUUAGGUAAGUAGUUCUAUUUUGUACAACCUAAUUUAAGACAUGGUGGGCUGUCUCAAGGCCUGAGCCUUAGCUCAGAAACUAUAUUCUGAAAAUGAACUAUAGAAGAGGAACUGUGUUACCAAAAAAGCCCAAAGAACCAAAAUUCACACACCAUUGUUUCUGAUUCUGACUCAACAUCAAUUUAGUGCAACACACAGUUACUGUGCCUCCAAAAUAGGCAAUUCAUUCCACUCGGUUCUAGAGGAAAAAAAGUUGAGCAAGACAUUUUCAAAAGCAUACACCCCGGAAAUAGACCUGUGUUCAACCAACCAUAAUGCAAAAUUGAGCUGUGCACAGUAGGUUAGAAUAUAGCAAGGGAAUAUCUUUCAAUUGAGCACCUGUGUGCGGGUGUCUAGCAUCUUAUUCAGUUGCAUCUUCAUAGUACACCAUGAGGUAGGCUUCAUUUUCUCCAUUAUUUAAAGGAGAAAGCAAAAGCUAAGAGGUUAAAUCAGUGUCAUUUGCCACAUGCUGAGUAAAUGCAAUGAGAUACAAAACUAGGUUUGUUUGACCACAGUUCAUGCUUUGAAAAAAUUAAACUAUAAUGCUUAUUUAUUUUUCUGUUUCUUCUUUCUUCCACAAACACUUACUGAUAGGUAAGAGAGGUUCUCAUACAGGAGGUAUAGGGGAUAAGAAGGACUCAGGGUAAGUUCCAGUAGAACUCAGAAGAGGGGAACAUGUCAUAACCAUGGCAUUGGGGGGAGGUGACAUUUUGAUAUUUGUUUUGGGCAGAGGAGGCUAGAUAGGAAACAUUUUUUUUCUGACAAGUUUACAAAGUUAAAUUUAGAAAGCAGUAUUGGAUAAUGGGAAGUCUAGUUCUUUUGCUGAAAAUAGUAAGAAGUAGUCAUUAUAUUCUGGAACCCAUUUAUAGUCCCAAUGUGUUAUGUAAAAUUUAAUCUUAAAAUGGAAUAUUUUAAACUAAUAUACAUAAGUGUGUGUGUGUUUUUGUGUGUGUGUGUGUGUGAGAGAGAGAGAGAGAGAGAGAGAGAGAGAGGGAAUUUUCUUAAUGCCUAAGAAAUCCAGCAGUAUAAUUUCUAUUCUAGAAUGGCCUUUUGGGGUGGAUUUUUCCCUUUUCCCUUUUGCUCUGAUAAAACCAGUUUAAGACUAUUACAGAAUGUUUUAGAAUAACCUCUUUUGUCCUCAGUGAAUGGAAUGUCUAAUGUAUUUUGAAAUCACCAGGAUUUUUUGUUAAAUAAAAGCAUUAGAAAAAGA